AUGGCCGUAUCCCAACUCUGGUGCUUCCUUCGGGAAGCCUGGCAUUUGGGCAUCGGAAGAAUGCUACAGCUGAACGAUAGAAAUUUAUUUUCUCAUCUUUUGUUCUGUUGUCCAGACAAUCUGCUCCUUUUGAACAAUCCAGAAGAGGAUGGGACUUACGACCUACUCCCCAUCGAUUUUGAAUAUGCUGGAUAUAACUAUCGCGGUUUUGAUGUUGGUAAUCACUUUAACGAGUGGUGUUUCGAUUAUACCAACCCUGACCCUCCGUAUUUCUUCUAUCAGUACGAAGCCUAUCCCAGUGAAGAAGACCAGAAAGAGUUUUGGAAAGCCUAUUUGAGAGCAUGGAAGAUGGACCGAAGGAAAUCCGCGGAAGCCUCAAAUCUACCUUGCGGUGAUAUCCUCAGUCUCAUCAAUCGGAUUGAGGAUGGAGAUGAGGAACUAUCUGUGACCUUUGAUCACCUAUGGCUCGAGGCAUGGUUGGGAUCGUUAACCUCACACAUUGUUUGGGCUGCCUGGUCCCUAAUUCAAACUCAGCUCUCAAGCAUUCGUUUCCGGUUUGACGAGUAUGCAGCCGCCCGUAUGGAUGCCUAUUUCAGACUCAAAUCAAGCGGACUCGCCAAAUUCUCCUCUCUGAUCUGAGAUGCCUGUUUCCUCGAUUUGUACGUUAAGUAUCUAUAUUAUGUAUCUGGUGCAAAGAACGAUUAUUGAAUGCCAUUCCGCGCCUGUGAUUUUUUAAAAAUGAAUUCUUUCAUCCCCUCUAUCUCAAAUUGUCGUGUGCCUUUAUUUUGUCCCCCUUCCCUCAAUGGCUCAGCAUCCGCUUUUCCAGUGAUCAGCGGUUUUAAGUGAAUGUCAUUUGUGCCUUUUUAAUUCCAAGCGUUUCUCCUGAUGCGUUCUUUCCAUAUUGAGGCCCCUUUAUUUUCUCUAGUUUUUAUCCCUUUGUUGUUCCUUUUGUUGGGCUUUCCAAACCGGUGGCUGUUGUGUAAGGAGCCCUCCCUCCCCCCAACCAGCCAUCUACUAGACACAUUUCUCAAAUGCUGCGUUGAGUGGUCCAUCCAACUGCGUGUUGUUGUUUGAAAUCUUGUUUUAUUUACCACCCGUGUUUCUGUUGAGUUUUUGUUACCGCCAUCCAACACUUGUGUGCCUCUGCCUACCAUGUGCCUUCAUUUUCUGGUCAUUCGGAUGCGUUUUUAUGCGUACACACGCACGUAAGGGCGCGUUCAAUACGAAUAUUCGG